CAGCUCCCCGGCGAGCACCCCUCGGGCCAAUGACUGGGCGGUGGAAGUCGUCGCUCAGCCGGCCCUGCAGGGGGCGCUGUGGGCAUGUGCCGUGCGGCUCCAGGCCGGGGGCGGGGCCGUCCGAACGCGGAAGCGGAGCGGCUCACGUCGGGGCCGGGAGGGGCCUGUCUAAGUUCCGCGGCCGGGUUCUGGCCAGCACACGACUGGGAAUCCUGGCCUUUCCUGUAUCUGAGGGGGUGGGCCGGGAGCAGCCUUCGGGUCCCCUUCACCCGCUUUCGGGGCCUGAGAGCGCGCCCCGGCGGGGUUGACCACUCCUGAGGACGCAGCUGGGGCAUCGACCAUGGCACUGCUCUCGGCCGUCGGGGGCGCGACCUGGCAUUGCUGCGGUCGCCUCCUCACGCGUCGUUUCUCCCAAGCGUUGGGGCGUGGGGAGCGGCCCGGCGGGGAGGAGCUAAGCCGCCUGCUCCUGGAUGACCUGGCGCCGACUCCGCGGCCGGCCGGGGGGCUGGAGCUUCUGUUUGGCUUGUCCCCGUGUCUCCUGGCUCUGCGGGCCGCCCGCCGCCGCGUGGCCCGGCUCCUGCUCCAGGCCGGUAGGUCCAGGCUGCAGGGGGAGCGGGCCGAGCUGCUGCGCGCGGCUGAGGCGCGGGACAUCCCUGUUCUGCGGCCCAGUCGGCGGAAGCUGGACGUCCUGUGCCGCUACCAGGUCCACCAGGGCGUCUGCAUGGAAGUGAGCCCGCUGCGGCCCCGGCCCUGGGCUGAGGCCGGGGAGGCUCGGCCAGGAGACGACCCCCAGCAGCUGUGGCUUGUCCUCGAGGGGCUACAGGAUCCCCGGAAUCUUGGGGCCGUGCUGCGCUCCGCUCACUUUCUCGGAGUGGAUAAAGUCAUCACCAGCCGGAGAAACAGCUGCCCGCUCAGUCCUGUAGUCAGCAAGGCCAGCGCCGGGGCUAUGGAGGUGAUGGACGUGUUCUCCACUGAUGACCUGGCCGGUUUUUUACAGACUUACCCAGCUCAGUUGAUGGCAACUCCUCCAUGCCUUCGGUUGUUUACGCCCCAAAACCUUGGCACCCUCCUUGAUUCUUCCUACUCUCACCAUGUCCCACCUGUUGGCAUAUCCUUUUGUUUUUACCUUGAUGUUAUUUCCACAUUCUCACCAUUUCUCACCAUCUCCACUGUUACCACUCUGGUCCAAGCCACCAUCAUCUCUAGCAUGUAUCAUUGCAGAAACCUAACUGGUCUGCUUGUUUCUGCUAGUGGCUCUCAACAUAGGCAGAGUGAUUCUGUAGAGACAUAAGCCAGACCAUGUCACUAGUUCUCUGCUCAAAAAACUUUCAAAGCCUUUGCAUCUCUCAGAGUAAAAGCCAAAGGCCUUCCAGUGGCUUUUGAGGUCCUACCUCACAUGGCCCUUUGUUUCCUCUCCUGUCUCAGUGGCUCCCUUUCCACUGGCCACCUUGUUCUGCUGUUCCUCAUGCAUGCCAGGUAAGCACCCGCCUCUGGGCCUUUGCACUUACUGAUCUCUGCCUAGAAUAUUCCUCCCCCAGAUGUCUACGUGGUGCUCCCUCACCUCCUUCAGGUCUGCAUUCAAACGUCACUUCAGUGAGGCCUUCCCUGACCACCCUUCUACGAGGAUGGGAUUUGGGCCUGUUUUGUUCAUUUCCUUAUGCGAGUGCCUAGAACAGAACCUGCCCGUUCUAGGUGCUUAAUAACUACUGACUGAAUCUAGUGGCUCAGCGAGGGAAUGAAUAUAUGGGCAAGGCCGGGGCUCUGAUGAAGGUUUGGUGAGCGAGCAUGAUUUCUUCUUCCCUGUUUCAGGCCAAAUCCCAGCAGGGCUGGCUCGUGGCUGGCACGGUGGGCUGCCCGGGGCCUGAGAUCUCCCUGUCUUCUGAGAUCCCCAUCACUAAUUGCUUGGAGUUCCUCUGGGACCGGCC